AUGAGCUCCAGUGACAGCCAGUGUGGGACUGUAAUUGAUGUCAACAUAGAGUGUGCUGUGAAGCUGGUAGGAACCAACUGCAUCCUCUACCCUGUCAACAGCAAAGACCUGCAACAUAUCUGGCCUUUCAUGUAUGGUGACUACAUAGCCUACGACUGCUGGCUGGGCAAGGUCUAUGAUUUGAAGAACCAGGUCAUCCUCAAGCUUUCCAACGGAGCCAGGUGUUCUAUGAGCACAGAAGAUGGAGCCAAGCUGUAUGACGUUUGUCCUCACGUCAGUGACUCGGGUCUCUUCUUUGAUGAUUCAUAUGGCUUUUAUCCUGGGCAAGUCCUCAUUGGGCCUUCUAAAGUCUUCUCCAGCGUGCAGUGGCUCUCGGGUGUGAAGCCUGUUCUGAGCACAAAGAGCAAGUUCAGAGUGGUGGUGGAAGAGGUACAGGUGGUAGAGCUAAAGGUCACUUGGAUCACUAAGAGCUUCUGUCCUGGAGGUACUGACAGUGUGAGCCCUCCUCCCUCUGUAAUCAGCCAGGAGAACCUGUCCAGGGUAAAGCGUCUAGGGUGCUUUGACCAUGCCCAAAGGCAGCUUGGGGAAAGGUGCCUCUAUGUGUUCCCGGACAAAGUGGAACCUGCAAAAAUCACCUGUGAAUGCCCCGAGAGGAACUGCGUCCUGGGUGAAGGAUCAGUUGCCAAAAAGGUGAGGCGGCUGCUGAAGAAGCAGAUAGUGAAGAUCAUGUCAUGCUCCCCGGAGUCUCAGGGUACCAGUGAAGCACCUGACAAAGAAUCUGCUGCAGCUGCUGACCAAAAAUCAGAAGAGCUUAAACCUGGAUCAAAGUGUGAGCUGGAUGACUCUUCCAACAUUGCACCAAGUCCUGGGGAGAGAAAGGAGGAGCAGCAGCCUGAAGAAACGGGGAAGGAGAAGGGGGGAGCAGCAGUGCGACAGCAGCAGCCUCCCUUUCUGCUGAAAGAUGAAGGGUCGCCUGACUACCGGCUUCAGUCCAUGGAGCAAGAUGCUGAUGAUGAAGCAGCUGAUGACACUGAUGACACUAGCUCUGUCACCUCUUCUGCUAGCUCCACUGCCUCGUCCCAGAGUGGCAGUGGCACUGGCCGCAAGAAGAGCAUCCCUCUUUCCAUCAAAAACUUGAAGCGGAAGCACAAGAAGAAGAAGACCAAGAUUUCACGAGAGUUUAAGCCAGGAGACAGGGUUGCUGUAGAAGUGGUGACCACGAUGACUUCAGCUGAUGUGAUGUGGCAGGAUGGCACCGUGGAGACAAACAUUCGCUCCAACGAGCUGAUUCCAGUCCAUCAUCUGGACAACAACGAGUUCUGCCCUGGGGAUUUUGUGGUGGACAAAAGAGCUCAGAGCUCCCAGGACCCCGGGUUGUACGGAGUCGUGCAGUCUGGUGACCAUAUUGGCCGUACCUGCGUGGUGAAGUGGUUCAAGUUGAAAUCCAGUGGAGAUGAUGUGGAGCUGAUCGGGGAGGAGGAGGAUGUGAGUGUGUAUGACAUUGCUGAUCAUCCUGACUUUCGCUUCCGCACUACUGACAUUGUGAUUCGCAUUGGCAACUCGGAUGGAGCUGCAGCUAAAGAAGAUGAGCCCUCGGUCGGACAAGUGGCUCGUGUGGAUGUCAGCAGUAAAGUGGAAGUGGUGUGGGCUGAUAACUCCAAGACUAUCAUUCUGCCUCAGCACUUAUACAAUAUCGAAUCAGAAAUUGAGGAGUCAGACUACGAUUCUGUUGACGGCAGCACCAGCGGGGCAUCCUCUGAGUGGGAGGAUGAAAGUGACAGCUGGGAGACAGACAAUGGACUCAUGGAGGACGACCACCCAAAAAUUGAGGAAUUAGAGCCUGAGGAGCCGGCAGCAGAGGAGGUGAAAAAAGUAGAGGAACAAGUCCAGGGAGCUGUGGCUAUGGCAGUUGCAGAUCUUGCUGCAGAGAAAGCUGGUAAGGACGGAGCCCCAAAGAGCUUCCGGGAACUAAAGGAGGCCAUCAAGAUCUUGGAAAGCCUGAAAAAUAUGACUGUGGAGCAGCUGCUGACUGGGUCUCCCACCUCCCCAACUGUGGAGCUGGAAAAACCCACUCGGGAGAAGAAGUUCUUGGAUGAUAUUAAAAAGCUACAGGAAAAUCUAAAGAAGACCUUGGAUAAUGUGGCUAUUGUAGAGGAGGAAAAGAUGGAAGCUAUGGUGGAGACGGAGAAGAAAGAAGAAAAAGGAGAGGCACAGACACCAGUGAGGUCGGAGUGGCCCAGUGAGACACCGGUGCUCUGCCAGCAGAGUGGAGGCAAGCCUGGAGUCACCUUCACCAGUGCCAAGGGGGAAGUCUUCUCCGUGUUGGAGUAUGCUCCAGAUACCCAUGCCUUUAAGAAAAUGGAGUUCCAGCCUCCAGAAGCAAAGAAGUUCUUUAGCACCGUGCGGAAAGAGAUGGCUCUCCUGGCCACCUCCCUGCCUGAUGGCAUCAUGGUUAAAACCUUCGAGGAUCGAAUGGAUCUCUUCUCAGCACUUAUAAAAGGGCCCACGCGCACCCCCUAUGAAGAUGGCCUCUUCCUCUUCGAUAUCCAGCUCCCCAACAUCUACCCCGCUGUGCCACCUCUCUUCCGCUACCUCUCCCAGUGCAGCGGGAGGCUGAAUCCCAACCUGUACGACAAUGGCAAAGUGUGUGUCAGCCUCCUGGGGACGUGGAUAGGCAAGGGGACAGAAAGGUGGACCAGUAAAUCCAGCCUCCUUCAAGUACUCAUCUCCAUCCAAGGUCUCAUCCUAGUGAAUGAGCCCUACUACAACGAGGCAGCCUUUGACAGCGACCGGGGCCUCCAGGAGGGCUAUGAGAACAGCCGCUGCUACAACGAGAUGACCUUGAUCCGGGUGGUGCAGUCCAUGAUGCAGCUGCUACGCAGGCCGGUGGAAGUCUUUGAACACGAAAUCCGUGAGCAUUUUCGCUGCAACGGCUGGCGCCUGGUGUCCCGCAUCGAGUCCUGGCUGGAGACAAACGAGCUGGUGGAGCGGAGCCACGAACAGGCCAACAGGGCGGAUUCUGCCUCCCUUCUCUCUGCCUGCGGCACCCUGGCCGAGAGCCCAGGAGACAAUGUGGGGUCCCCGGGGGAGGCCGGCAGCACCUCGGAGCGGGGGGCGGCCGCCGAGCUUUCCGACUCAGCGCUUGACGGGAAGGAGGAGCUGGAUGAGUUGGAGUUCACAACCUCGACGCCCAGCACCAGUGAUCUCCAACAAUACUCGGACUCGGAGAGCACAGGCCAAGCCAGGGGGGUAGACCUGGCCAGAGACCGGACGGACGAGGGGAAGGCUGCCCAGGACUCUGCCUUGCAGCCUAGUGUGAAACCAAAGAAAAGGAGAAAGAUACAGGAGUUUCCUUUCGGUUACCCUGAUAUUGGGUUCCCCCUCUUCCCUUUGUCCAAGGGGUUCAUUAAAAGCAUCCGCGGUGUCUUGCAGCAGUACCGGGCUGCCUUAGCAGGGGCCAACAUCCCAGAGUGGACAGAGGACAAAUAA